ACUGAUCUGGGCGGCAGCGGGCGGCCCCGGCUAGCGGCCGCGAGCCACUUGUGCGGCUGCCCAGAGGAGCGGAGGGCGCGGGUCCCGUGCCGUCCGCCUCUCCGCCCCCCGGGAGGGGCGCGAGGGAGCUGCGGCUGAGGUCAGCUACUGUGAAUACAACUGCUAUGAAUGUGGUUGUAUAAAUAUCUCUUUGAGACCCUGCUUUCAAGUUUGGGGGUAUACCCCCAGAAGUAGAAUUGCUGGAUCAUAGAAAUAAACUUUCGGGAAAUGGCCUCUAAAUCUUGGCUGAAUUUUUUAAUCUUUCUCUGUGGAUCAGCAAUAGGAUUUUUUUUAUGUUCUCAACUGUUUAGUAUUUUGCUGGGAGAACACAGUGACACCCAGCCUAACAUUCUUCAUAAUGACCCCCAUGCUAGGCAUUCAGAUGAUAAUGGACAGAAUCAUCUAGAAGGACAAAUGAACUUCAAUGCAGAUUCCAGCCAACAUAAAGAUGAAAACACAGACAUCGCUGAAAACCUCUAUCAGAAAGUUAAAAUUCUUUGCUGGGUUAUGACAGGCCCUCAAAAUCUAGAGAAAAAGGCCAGACACGUCAAAGUAACAUGGGCUCAGCGUUGUAAUAAAGUGCUGUUUAUGAGUUCGGAAGAAAAUAAAGACUUCCCUACUGUGGGAUUAAAAACCAAAGAAGGCAGAGAUCAGCUAUACUGGAAAACAAUUAAAGCUUUUCAGUAUGUUCAUGACCAUUAUUUAGAAGAUGCCGAUUGGUUUCUGAAAGCUGAUGAUGAUACAUAUGUCAUACUAGACAACUUGAGAUGGCUUCUUUCAAAAUAUGACCCUGAAGAACCCAUUUACUUCGGGAGAAGAUUUAAGCCCUAUGUAAAGCAGGGCUACAUGAGUGGAGGAGCGGGAUAUGUACUAAGCAAAGAAGCCCUACGGAGAUUUGUUGAUGCAUUCAAAACAGACAAAUGUACACAUAGUUCCUCCAUUGAAGACUUAGCACUGGGAAGAUGCAUGGAAAUUAUAAAUGUCCAAGCAGGAGAUUCCAGAGAUACCACUGGAAAAGAAACUUUUCAUCCCUUUGUACCAGAACACCACUUAAUCAAAGGUUAUCUCCCCAGAACCUUUUGGUACUGGAAUUAUAACUAUUAUCCUCCUAUAGAGGGUCCGGGUUGCUGUUCUGAUCUUGCAGUUUCUUUUCAUUAUGUUGAUUCUACAACUAUGUAUGAAUUAGAAUACCUCGUUUAUCAUCUUCGUCCAUAUGGUUAUUUAUACAGAUAUCAACCUGACUUACCUGAAAAUAUAUUAAAGGAAAUAAGUCAAGCAAACAAAAAUGAAGAUUCAAAAGUAAAAUUAGGAAACCCUUGAAAGAAACCAUGAAUUAACAGCGAUAAAAUGUCUGUUAUUGCAUUGAAGGAGGACUUCUGCAUUUUUGACAUACAGAACCCUGGAAUCUCAGUGAGCAAUGCUAAGUGAACAUUCCAUAAUAGAGAUCUUUGACAUAUAAAUGACUGUAAACUGAAGCUUUAAAUGAGCUGUGAAGUCUGUUAAAAUGUGUUUUGAUACAGUAAUAUAUAAAUAUAUAUAUAUAUAUGAAUAAUUUGUGUUUUUAAAAUGGUGGCCAGGGAGAGGAACCAGGAAAGAUUUUGUUGCCUGUUCCUGACCAUGUAUAUUAUUGUCACUGAGAAACUCAAACAGUUAAUUUGCUAGAACAGUACUGCACUGUUAGUAACACAAAUGAUGCUAAACUGAUCUGCCUUAAAGAAAAUUCUAGAAGGAAAUAUUGUUGCUCAGUGUUGUUUAUAAACUCAAAAAAAUGAGUUUAUAUUUGCAGUAUGAUAUAAAUGAACCAAACCCCAACAAACAGCAUUUUUGUCAAGUGAAAGUUUGGCUGAGAUUAUUUAUUAUUGGCAGUAUUUCUUCCAGAAGAACGUAGAGUAAGAAUGGCACUUAUCCUAAAGUGCAUUAAUAAAACCACAUUUUGAAAUUAUCCUGGGCCUUGACUAUAUUGUAUCCUGGGUUCUAAUUAGCAGUUAGCCCCCCAGUUCCUGGUUAUUUCUUUUCUAAAUAUGUUUAACCACUCUUGAAUACUAUUCUCCACUUUUAAUAUUUAUUUACUCACAGCAUUAAUAGCUUUCUGUAAACAUGCAUUUUAAGUUACUUGGUUCCCAGAUUUCUCGUUACUUUUAGGUAACGAAUAAGUAAAUUUCAUGCCGUUUAGGCAUUCUUUUGUAUCAGUGCCACUCUCAGGAAUCAUUAAGUGACAUUUUCAAUUGAUUAUUUAAAACUUUUUCCAACUACAUAAUUAUAUUUCCUUUUAUUUUUCUGUUGAAAGAUAACUUGUUUGUGCCUUUCGUAACUUGUUUAAAGCAAAGUUUGUAAAGCACUUUUAGGAUCGCAGGUGGCUAUUACUCUGGCAAGAUAUUUUGAAUGGGAGAUUUUGUUAGUUAAGCGUUCUGCAUUUUCUAAUGUUUUUAAACAAGCUAAACUGUCACCUAUUAAAAAACCAAAUACUUUAUGGGUCACAAUGGAAAGUUUGAUGCUGACUUAACGAUUGUGGGGUAAUUGUCUUGCCAGUGGACAGCAGAAUACCCAUCCAAUACUGUUGUCAAAAAUAGUCACAAAUAAUUCCAUUUUCAUUGUAGUGACUCCCUAAAGAGUUUCUGGAAGGAAAGAAAAUUCUCAAUUUUUGUUGUCUUUAGUAAUCUAAGUGCUGAGUGUAUUGUAACAGAAUAUAUUAGACUUUAUCAGAUUACUUUUUAUGUUACAAAUUAUUGGCAUUUUUCAUGUCAUUAUGCUAACUUUACUUGGCUGUCACACCAUUGACUGUGCUGCUUCCCUAAAUAUAUUUAUUGUGCCAAAACAUGUCAAAACCAUGACCUCCCUGGAUGGUCUGUUGAGAAGAUGUUCAUUUCAGUGGCUGGUUGUGGAGUACUCUCUCUGCAUAAUGAAAACACGUACCACUUUUUAUCUGUUCAGUUGUUGUUUGUUGUUUUCAUGAUAAUAUCAUCUGCCAAGAAUUCAAGGUAUUCAUUCUGUUCUUUGAACAGCUCUUGGCCAUGAUAUGGACAUGAAAUUUUUUGUGAUCCAUAUAUGCUUUUCUUUACUGGAAGUAUAAAUUCUUUAUCAUAAACAUCCAGAAACCCUAAAAUUUACUCAUGAAAAGUAAAUGUUGAGGAGAAUCCUGGGCCCUGGAGUUAGGCAGCCUGGAUUGAAAGUCUUGCUCCAUCACUUACUGUUUUUGCUACCUUGAGCAAUUUACUUAAUUUCUCUGUGCCUCAGUUUCCUUGUCUGUAAGUUGGAUAAUACUACUACCUACCUCACAGGAUUUACAUGAGGAUUAAAUAAGUGCAUGUAUGUAAGGCUCAGAACACUGGCCAGAACAGGGAGCAAUAAGAUUUAUUAUUCUCUUACCUUUGUGUGUAAAUAUUUAAAUAGAUGAUUAAAUGAGACACUGAAGUAAGUAUUUUAAACAUUACUUAUAAGUAAUAGCUGGUAUUUAUCUAGUGCCUACUAUUUGACAGGUACUGUGCUUAGAUGCUCUAUGUAUAUCAGCAUGAAUCCUCACCAUUUGGGUGAUAAUCUCACUUUAUAGAUGAGGAAACUGAAGUUCAGAGAGUUAAGAUCACUUUUCCACUGUCACAAAGCUAGGAGCUAACAGAGCUAGGAUUUACGCUCAAGUCCUGUGUUAGUCAUGUAGCAUUAUUUCCAUUUUAAUUUAUAGUAUGUGACAGUAUAUCAACCAGUACUAGACUAACCAGCCAAAUUGUUGUCAUAGUGAUUCUUAUUUUGAGUCUCACACUCUUGCCUGGGAACUGUUGAAGUACAGAUCUCAAAACCCUAGUCCACCAGAUCUCUAACUUUAGCAUGUUGCCCAAGAGUCUGUAUUCUUACUAGAUGGCCUGGGGCAGUGGCCACCAAGGUGUGGUCCCAACAAACCGCAUCAGCACCACCUGGGGACUUGUCCAAGAUGCAGCCUCUCUCUGGCCUCACCCUACACCCACUGCCUCAGAAACUUCGCAGGCGAGCCUAACGUUUAUGUUUAAACAAGCACUAGAGGUGAAUCAUUUUCACCCUAGUUUGAGAACCAUUACCCAGCUACUUACAUGGUUCUGGUGCCGACAGUCUGGCACACACCAAAGGUUACUGCACUAUACAUAUUUUUCAAACACUUAAAUAACUAAUGUUUUAAAUCAGUAUAGUCCAGGAUUACACUAUAUUCAGUGUAAAAUACUUAAAAUACAAUUUCAAGGGUCACUACAUCAUUCAUUUUAGCAAAAUUCUUUAGCUCCUCCAGAUUGAUUAAUAUCAAAGCCCAUGGUAAAAUCUGUAAUUCUCUGAAGUUCAGCAAUUUCACAGUGGGGCAGGCAGGGUUCCUUAAGUAUUAAUAAGUACAUACUGCUUCAUUAAAAGCAUACAUAAAUGUAAUCAAAAGUGUCCACAGUUGUAACUAGAGUUUUUAAAUAGGGGUAGCAAAAUGGUAUUUUAUAAUAUGCAGAGCAUUUUUCUGCUAAUUCAUAAUAUCAAUUUAAAAUUUCAUCACUUUUAAGAAUCAUUUGUCUUAGUAAAAAAAAAUUCUAGUAUUUGAUAGAGUACAUCAAACCAGAUUUCAUGAUAAUGAUUUAUCAUCUUAGAUUAAGAUCUUCGUCAUUUGAGCGAAGGCUUUUGAUGUGCUCUCAGAACAUAAGGCUUUGAUGUCUUAGGUUCUCUUACAGCAGUAUUCUUAUGUUCUCUAAUGGCAAGUUCAUAGAUACAAGGCAAAUUUUUGUCCCAGAGUUUCCUUCCAAAUCCUAAAACUUCAGAGGAGGUUUUAUUACUGUAAAAAGCUUCACAAAUAAAUCACUAACCAGUUUUUAAUAUUUUUUGAAUAUGAUAAUUAAAAUUGGGCAUUGGAUUUGCUAACUGGUUACUUUCCAUAAUUGAGUAUCAGCUUUGCACUUCCUUGCGCCUAUUAAACCAUUGUUUCCAGAUUGAGGCGCUACUGUACUUGAAAGAAUCCUCAAUGUGUUAGCUCCCAUCUAACCUUUUAUUCUUAAAAGUUUCAGUUUGUUAGACCAUUGUUCUGUCUUUGAUAAUUUGUUUGUGUUAACGCCCUUCUUUAUUUCUUUUAAAACUAACUUCUGUUUUCUAGCUAUUCUUAAAGCUGCCUUUACAAGGUUAAUUUGGCUUAAUUAACUAUAGGUUUCCCUAUGAGAUUGAAAGUAAACAUCUAAGAAUAAUGCCUGCUGGCUCUCAGGAUGCUUGUGUUGUUUAAAAGCCUAUAGUUUUUAAACUAUUUCUACAUCUACAAUUAUUGAUCCUGUCACCACUCACCCUUUUCUCAGAAACAAACAGCAAAACCCUGCUUCAUUUCUCUACUUCCUUACAGUAGACAGAACUGUACUUAAGAAAUCUGGGGGACAAUCUGUGGUAUAUUUUAUGCUAAAUGUAAGUUCUAUUGAUUAAAAAAAGGAGUUAUUUAUAUCUGAGUUGAAAAAAAUUUUAACACAGAUGGGAAGAAGAAAUUUUACAAACUCUCUUGAGAGAACUGCUCUAGUUUUCAGCUCCUUUACCUCUCUAGUUUUCAGUUGAUAUUAGCUAAGUUUGAAUAACUUUGCAGGGCCCUGCCAAGUAAUAAUCUGCGUGGAGUAUAUUGUUAGAGGGAAACUAAUCUUACUGCUAAGCAGUGUGUUGUACUACAUAGUGAAUGUCUGUGUUUUGGAAUUUUAAAAUUAUUUAAGGUAAUAGUGUCAUGAAUGGUUUGAAAAUGUCUGGUGACUUGCUUAUUUUAAGUGAUCACCAUUAAGUCAGAAAAAUGUAUUUUUAAAUGUUUUUUAAAGUGCCUUUUGAAAAUUUUUAAGCAACAGAUUUAAACAACUGCAUAAAAUAAAUUACCAUGUUCAAAGUUG